UGCGGUUGCCAUGAAGAUAUUUCGAUAAACAUUUAGCACAUCACAAGCGUAGCUAAAAGUUGACGCCUCGUCACAACAACAAUAGAGUUGAAAAGAAAAAGUUGGGGAAAGUUGCUGUAGAAUCAGAAAUGGCCUGCAGUUGCAGCCCACUGUUCUUUGUCUUUCUUCGGAAGAAUCUGCUCUACUUGCGAUGCAACUUCCUGCCGUUGUUCUUCAUCAGCAUCGGAUUCUGCGGAGUCCUGACUGCGUACCUCCACUGGUCAACGAAGCCCGUGCAGCACCAAAUGGAGGAGUUUGAGCCCAAAAAUGAGAUGGUACUAAGAGAAACGUACUUCCCCGGCAAUGAAUUUGACUAUAUUUACUAUGCUCCAGUCUCCUCGAAUGUCGAGGACAUUGUGGACCUCCUGCGGUUGGAUCUGGCGAUCAUACCAGAGCGACUUAAGGCCUACAACAACAGUUUCGAGAUGCAGCUGGACAUGGAGCAGCAAUGCCGGGCGAAUUGCUUCGCCAUCAACUUUGACCAAGUGCCAAACCGUGGUUCUGGCGGAAAGUUUCGAUACAGCCUGAGCUCGAAUCAGAUGAGGAUCUCGCCCAGGAAGCGAUACGUGAACGACGAGGAAAUUAAUCACCAGAAAGAUGAUGACGAUUACAUUCGAGCCGGUUUCUUGACCUUGCAGCACAUUUUGGACAAGCAAUACAUGAAAUACCAGGAGCUGGGAAAGAACUAUGAGGUGCUGGUCAGCUCGAUGCCAAACCUGGAGGUUAUUAGCAUGGAAAGCCAUCGUCUCACAUACUUUGGCACCCUGUGCAGCAUCCUGUUCAAUGUUGUGCUACUGAGCACCUUUGUGGUGCCCUUUGUGGAGGAGAAACAGAACGGACUGAAGGAGUUUUUGAACCUGGUCACUCCCAUGAGUUUUCUCAACGGCCUCACCUUCUUUCUCAUUCGAUUCGUUUGCUAUACGGCGCUGAUUAUUAUUGUCUUGGUCGUUGCUUACCUGUACAAAGCACUGGGGCUGAUCUGCUUCGCUUAUGUGGCGGUGUUGUUUCUGCUUUACAUUUUGUCCACCAUGUCGUACGCCUAUCUGAUCUCUGUUUGUUUCCACUCAGUUUUCUAUGCCAAGAUUGGCGGCCUGGUGAUGCUAAUCAUUCCCUAUGUCUUCUCAUUUGUGAGAAGCUGGGCCACAUCGGUGGCCUUUGUGUUUCUUAGCACCAAUGCCUUCCUCGAGGGAUUGGAUAUAUUCCAAACGUUCUCUAAUAAGCAUCGCGAAUUUGGUGCUGCGGAUCUUUUUCGGGAAAUCAAAUACGAUUGCUCUAGGAUGUUUUGGGUCUAUGUGGUUCUUGUUUUCCAAGCCUUUUUGUACGCCCUGCUUUACAACUACUUGGGUUGUGUGUUUCCUGGUCCCGGUGGUCUGAAGCGUCCAAUUUUCUUUUUCUUAGAUCCCAAGACGUACCAAAAACGACAACGCAAUGAAUACACGACUGCGCCGCGCGGCGCCCAAGCCAUUAUAAUCACCGAGUUGUGCAAGAAGUUCCAGACAAGUAAGCGCGAAACGCUAAUUUCGGACAAUCUAAAUAUGACGAUCAACAACAAGGAGAUAACUGUUCUACUGGGACACAAUGGAGCUGGCAAGACCACGAUGAUGAACAUGAUAAUGGGACUGGUGCCAAAGGAUUCGGGCAAGAUAAUCGUGUGCAGUGAGCGCGAUGUGGCCUCCUAUCGCCACCUGAUCGGCUUCUGUCCGCAGCACAGUGUGUUCAUGAGCUACAUGACCUGUCACCAGCACUUGGAGUUCUUUGCCCAGCUGCGUGGAGCUCGUCGCUGCGAUGCCCGCGAUUGGGCGGAUGAGAAGCUGAGGAAACUGGGAUUGGGCGACAAGCGAGACGAAUUCGGAAGGAAUUUGUCGGGAGGCAUGAAGAGGCGACUAUCUUUGGGCAUCGCCAUUGCGGGAAACACCAAAAUCGUAAUCCUAGACGAGCCCUCAUCCGGACUGGACAUAAAUUCACGGCGAGAACUGUGGGACAUCCUCUUGAAUCUGCGCAAGGAGAAGGCCAUUCUGGUGACCACCCACUACAUGGAGGAGGCCGAGGUGCUGGGCGAUACCAUCUGCAUACUGGCCAAUGGCAAGCUACAAACCACCGGGUCUCCUUUGGAAUUGAAGCGCAAAUCGGGCAUCGGCUAUCGCUUGAAAUUGGAAGUCAACGAUUUUACAUUCCGCGAAAACGAAAUAAUGGAAAUAAUCCACGACUUUGUACCGACAGCCCGAGUUUUGAAUGUGGUGAAGCCCACUGUGUAUAUUUGCCUGCCGUAUGCCUAUAAAAAGUGCUUUGCAGAAAUGCUACACAAACUGGAGACGAAAACGAAUCAGCUGGGCAUAAGUACCAUUUCCAUGACGGAUACUUCUUUGGAGGAUGUUUUCCUACGUUGUGCCGGUGAGCAGGAUCAAGUGGACACUCCAGAUGGCUCCAGAAAUGAUGCACCGCUUCUUACGCCCUAUAAAAGAUUACCCAGUCAGCCGAUGCAACCGAGUCUUUUACAACUUUGGAUGGCAGUCUUUUACAAAAAGUGGACCUUUAUCACCAAUGAAUGGUUAUAUACCCUGAUAAUGCUUUCCAUACCCUUUGUUUGCGUUUGCGGGGCCAUACUCGUCAUGCACGCCAUGUCCAUAGUGGAGAACGAGGAGGCGCUGCCGCUGAAACUCAGCCAGAUGGGCGGAGGCAUUAUUUACAUUCACAAUCCGACGGGCCAUCACGCCCAGGUGGAGCAGCAGCUGCGUCAGCAGAUAGAACUGUUCGGCAUUACGGCGAAAACAUUGCAGCUGCGCGGGAGCAAUGAUGUGAAAAAUGAAUCCCUCGACUUGCAACGCGAUAACCUGGCUGACUUUCUGGAACAGGUGAUAGGCAUCAUCGACAUGUACGGCGGUGGGCGUGGCACUGCGGAUACGCCAGUCAUAGAGAUUUUUUACUCGGGCAAUCGCUAUCACAGCUCAGUGGAGCUCAUUAACUUGGUGGACUCGUCGAUGCUGAAGAUGGAGCGUCAGGAGGGGGAUAUUGAUACGACCUACGUGCCCAUUCGACGAUUCGUUAGCGACAUAAGUCCUUCCCGCCUGGAAUACUAUGCCGUCAUCGUGUCCGUCGGCAUGUUCUUCUUCAUGUUCUACUUCAUCUCGCUGCCGUUCCGGGAAUACGCCAAUGGAUUCCGCCAGCUGCAGACGAUGUCGCGAUUUACUUAUUGGCUGUCUCACUUCGCCUUUGAUAUGCUGCUACUGAUUUUUGUCUGCGUCGCGCUUUUCAUAUUGCAAUAUUUGGUUAUGCCCGCUGAACUUUACUCUGUCGCGGAUCUAAGGAUCAUUGUGUUGAGCAACUUCUUCUACUGCUGCAGCUACCUGCCCAUUUUGUAUGCUUUGGGAAACAACUUCAAGUCUAUUUCAACGAUAUCCACCUAUUUGCUGCUGAUGCUGAUUGUUUCGGCCAUUGCCCCUUUGAUCACCUCUAGCAAUGCGGCGGCCAUGAAACUGCACGAAACCAAGAUCGCCUUCCUGUGCUUCCUGCCGGACUUUAAUCUGAACCACCAGUUGCGCAUCGUCAACGAGAACUUUAUUGCCCGUCGUCGUGCGGGUGUGAUAAAGAAUCUGCUUUGCGAGGAAACCUUCUUUGUCUAUGCCAUCGCGGUGUGUGUCCUGGUCAUGGCUUUCUUCACCGUCGUGCUGGAGCACAAAUAUUUGCGUCAACGGUUGCAUAAUGGCAUCUGGAACUGGACAUUACCGAAGAAAAAGACGGGCACUGCUCCCCCUACGCCGAUUUCGGAAAUUGAUGAUUGUGCCCAGGAGGAGAAACGGGUUGAGGAUCUCAUUAAGAAGCCUUCGCUGGGUUAUCCACUGAUUGUGAGCAAUCUUCGCAAGAACUACCGCGAAACGGUAGCUGUGGACGGACUGAGUUUCGCAGCCGCCCAAGGAGAAUGCUUUGGUCUUCUAGGCGUAAAUGGAGCGGGCAAAACGAGUACGUUCCAGAUGAUAGCCGCCAAUUUGCCACUGGAUAAUGGCACCAUUCGCAUUGAUAACAUUGAAAUUCGUCAGGAUGAGGUGGCCUAUCGCCACCGCUUCGGCUACUGUCCGCAGUACGAUGCUCUCAAUAAGUUCAUGACCGCCGAGCAGUGUCUACACUACAUGGCUUUGCUGCGUGGCUUGAGCAACAACGUCGAGGGAGCAGGCAGCGUCAAGGAGCACGUUAAGUACUGGCUGGAGAAGAUGCAUUUAACCAAGUAUCAGCAGGUGCAAGUGCGUCACUAUUCGGGCGGCACCAAGCGCAAGCUUUUGGCGGCGAUGGCCAUGAUAGGAGCGCCCAAACUGGUGCUCCUGGACGAACCCACCACCGGCGUGGAUCCCAUCUCGCGACGGUUUCUCUGGCAGUGCAUCAAGGACUUUCAGGGACAGGACCGCACGGUGGUGCUCACGUCGCAUAGCAUGGAUGAGUGCGAGGAGCUGUGCAAUCGCUUGGCCAUCAUGGCCCAUGGCAAGUUCAAGUGUCUGAACAAUAUCUGUGCCCUUAAGCGAUUAAGUGGCUUUACCAUAAAGCUGAAAAUGAAGGAGGACACCGAAACAGAGGAGAAUGUGAGCACUAUUACAGGCACUCUGAAAUCACAAUUCGCUGGACUGGAAAUGCGUGAGAACCAUGCCGGCACCCUAACCUACUUCGUAAGCACCCAGGAGAACAUAGUCCUCUGGUCGGACGUCUUCAAAAUAUCAGAGGACUAUCUGGCCGAUCGGUUGAGUGACCUCGUGGCAGACUAUUCUGUCAACGAGUGCACACUGGAGGAUAUUUUUCUCAAGUACGAGAAGGAGUCACAGUCAAAAGCAACGUCACGUCAGAGCUCCGUGCAACGAAGUAUGGAAAUUGGAAACUAUGUAUAAGUUGGCAGGUGGCAAUAUCACUAAGUAUGAGUACAAGACUGCCGUCGUGGGGAAUCAGGCACGCCUUCAUUUCCGCGACACCAUCUAUCAUCUGUAUAAAUUCCACUUAGCUCGUCUCUCGACCAGUAUUCAUUUUCCUCUAAGAAUCUCUUUACCCCCUAAAAAGGGUAAUCCUCUCGACGGCGGUCGAUUGUGCUUAGGGCUGUCGGCAGGAUUCAUGAACUUAACAUAUAUUAACAUAUUUAAUAUUAAAUAUAAAAAUAAGAAGAAUAAACAAAUAAUUUUGAAAUACA